AUGGAUGUAAAUCCAAAUCCGAAACAAGAUUCUAGUGAGCUGAGUUGUGAAAUGGGAUUCAUCAAUGAACGAACGGUGCCGCCAGCGGAAAUUCCUGGCGCAAGCGUACCAUCAGAAUCAGCGUCCCCACUAGCAGCGAAUGAAUCAAAACCCUCCUCGAGGAGGAAACAUUCUUCGAAGAGCCGUCAGUCGGAAGAAGUAGUGUUGAAGAGCGCAUUGAAGAGCGGUAGUUCAACAACGAAGGCAAAUAAGUGUGUCAAGUUCGGCAAUCCUCUGCAAACCAUCAUUCCAGAGGCCAGUGUUAUUCAGAGAGCGAGGCCCUACAAACCGGGAACCAAGGAACGAGUUUUCUUCUCACUGGAAGAAUUAAGGGGUAAAACUGUCCGCAAGGAGCCAACCCUCCUUAAAGACAUAGAGAAGGAACAUGUGGUGUGGAAUUUUCAACACGAGAUGCCAGAACCAGAAAUAGUUUGGCCCAAAUAUAUGGAACCGACCAAUUGCGACGGGUUGUUCACUCCUUAUUUUGAUCUGCUGCCGAUGGAACUGUUGAUUAAGAUUUUCAAAAGACUCAACUCACGAGAUAGACUUUGUGCAGGCACUGCUUGCAAACGCUGGAUGGAAGCUGCUCAUUACUACAAACCUUUCCAACAAGAUGUAUACUACAACUUUGAUAGAGUUCAGUAUGGUGACGAUGUAGGACCCUUCAAACAUUUCAGCCAAGGAAGAGGUUUCUAUCGUAAGCUUGUGUUUUCCCAAGUUGAGUUCAACGAUCGUUGCAGUUUCUGGACCACCCAUGGCAUUAAUAUAACGGAGCUAACCCUUCGAUCUUGUGUCAUCAAGAAGGAUGUAUUUCUAGCCAUAAUGAGAACCAUGUUGGCGUUACAGCGCUUGGAGCUGAUGCAGUGUGACGAAUUAUUCAAAAAUUGGACGUUGGAAUCAAAUAACCAAGAGCCAAUGUUCCCAUUCUACAUGCUGUGCCUCAAACAUCUCUCCCUCUCCGGCUGUGAUUACUUCAACGAAUACCAUUUUGAGAGGUUCAUAAUCAUGGCCCCGAACAUCAUAUCGAUCGAUGUGUCCAACUGCUUCAUAAACCUCUAUCUUUCCCGACGAAUCUCGAUGCUCGAUCGAGUGAUGAAACUGAUCAGUCGAAAUCGUUACAUUAUGCAAGCCAUCAACCUCACCGACACUCCAUGCGUUGAUGAGAUCACGUGGCACACACUCUGUGAAAUCGAUGAUCUAGAAAUCACCCACCUUACGAUUUCCUACACAGAUCGAGUACCCCUGAAAAAUCCGGGCAUUAAACGCCUCUUCAGCACCCAAACCAAACUCACCUAUCUAGAUUUAACGUCAUCAACAGGUAUAAACGACGCCUGUUUAGUUAUUCUAGUAGAAAACUGUCCCCUCAUUCACACCCUCAAGCUACGGCGCUGUUGGUUGAUCAGCGAUGAAGGAGUCGAGAACAUUCACACGCUCAAACACCUGCGGAUACUGGACAUCUCCGGGUGUGAGCGUAUCAGCGAUUACGGAAUCAAUCACGGAAUCGUCGCCAACAAGCGCAGAGAGAUGCACGAAGUAUAUCUGGCCUUGUUGAACAACCUUUCGGAUACGACGCUCUACUACAUGGUGGCCAACUUCACCAACCUACAGGUGCUGGAUCUGGACAGCUCCAGUAACUGCAUUACCGACUGCGUGAUCCAGUAUAUCGCGUGCUAUCUGGAUAACCUCAAGCAUUUAAACCUCAUUGUCUGUACUAAGUUGAGUUCUACCAGCCGACCGAAAAUGGUCUUAUGCAACCGAAAGGUUUGUCCGGUUUCAAAGCAGAAGCCCAAAGCUGCGGCAGCUAAGUUGCCCAAUAUUGAACCUCCGGAGCCGGCGAAACCUCCUGAAUCAAUCAGGCCCCCAGAACCGGACUUUGGCCAUCUACCGAUCGAGCUCCUUGUGGAUAUAUUCAAAUAUCUGGAGAUUUCGGAUCGUAAUGCGGCGGCUUACGUGUGCUGGACCUGGUACGAGGCGUCCAAGUAUCUGGCCUUUGCCAGGCAGAUGUGUUUACAUUUGGUGGGGAUCGAGUUCGAUGAUUAUAAGCCACCGGUUUCGGAUUUGCUGAUGUGCCCCUACGCUUAUCCGGUUCUGAAGUUGACCCGAGUUCGGCUUCAGGCGAGCUCUUUCAGCCGGUUUUGGUACAACUUUGGACCGUGGAUCAAUGAGAUCUCAUUCGAGAAGUGUAUGAUCUGGAGGGAGCGAAUCAUAAAUGUUUUCAGGUUUAUGAACAAUUUGAGGACUGCUCGAUUUGAAGAGUGUGAUCUGCUGAGGGACGACCUUUUCAAGGAAUGGAAGCAAACCGAUGACGGAUUGAAGGUUACUCAAUUCGAGAAUAUCAGAAGCUUGAGUUUGGCUAGAAAUAACUUUACCGCGCUACAGUUCAACGCGAUUGUGGAGAUGAUACCAAAUUUGACCGAGCUUGAUCUUUCGGAUUGUUUCAAUCAUUUGGAUUCGGUAAUUAAAAUGCGCUUGUUGAACUGCAUCGUGGCGUUCAUCAACGAACGACGAUAUUCGCUUAAACACUUGAAUUUGAGUGGAUUUUCGGUUGAUGAUUUGUUUUUGAGAGGCAUCGUAGAUGCAGAAGGUUUACAGCUGGAAAGCCUUAAUUUCAUGUACCUUGAGUUGAUGCCUCAACGUGAUCCUGCCAUUAUAGACCUCUUAGGCCAGCAAGUCAACUUGAAGAAGUUGGAUGUGUCUUAUUCGACAGGAAUCAAUGACAAAUGUGUAGCACAAAUCGUGAAGUCUAUGCCAAAGCUGGAAGUCCUAAUUAUGACAGGUUGCUGGAACAUUCGGGAUAAGGGAGUAACGCAAAUAUUCCAGCUACAGAACCUCAAAAAACUCGAUCUUUCCAAAUGUCGCUUCACGAAGAAAGCUAUCAUUGAGGGAGCUGUUACCAGUAAUCGAAAAAAUCUCCAGGAAAUACAUCUAGAAGAAAUCGACACCCUGGACGAGGAUUGCAUAGUUCGGAUGGGGGCCAACUUUUCCAACCUAACGGUGCUGAACAUCGGUGGAUCUUCGUCUUGCAUAUCGAACUGGUCUGCGCAGUACAUUUUCUUCCACCUGACCUCGCUCGUCGAGGUCAACUUUGAACGAAGCACCAAGCUCACAGAUGCCGGCUUCACUGGAAUCGAUCUGCCCCAGAAGACGCUCUCCAUUUGGGAUAUCGAGGAAACUUUCUCGAUUGAACGUCUGAAGAAACUUCGUCUGCUGAGGUUGUCCGGGUGUUACAAGAUAACCGACUUCACCCUUAGAUACGCUUUGCGGUUUAAGGAACUCAAGGAGUUAGGACUUUCCCGAUGUCAUCAGAUCUCCAAGCAAGGAAUCGAAAAGCUGGUGACGAGCUGCCCAGCCUUAGAAACGCUGGACCUGAGCGAGUGCCCGAACAUCAACGACAGUUGCGUGGAGCUGGUGGCGCAGAACCUGAAACGGCUUACCACCCUCAAACUGGCCAACUGCACCGAGAUCUCGGAAACCGGAUUGGAUCACAUAGCUCAAUAUUGCAAAAAUUUGAAAUACCUAUACGUGCGAGGAUGCCACAAACUGCCACCGGAUAUAACGGAACGUUUAUCGUGUAUUCCUACAUUGAGACAGGUUUACAAGUCAUAAUUUGAAUGUUGUUUUCAAUGUUGAUAUGUAGUGUUGUACAUAGCAUAAGACGUUCCAAAUGUGUGAGAAAUAUUUAGUGAAUACAAUGUGAAUGAUCCCCAGCCAUAGACAAUCUUCCAUUGAAGCUGUAAAAGAGUUCAAAUAAGUGAUAUG